CUCUUGCUUCUAAUCCGAACGUAUUGGGGGCCAUCAUGCAAGAUCCUUUGGUGAAGAACUUCCUCCAAUCCCACCAACCAGCUGCUAGGAUUGAAUCAGAGGAAUCUCCUGAAACUUUGGAGAAGUUACACCACUCUGACCAAAAAGACAACAAACGAAGUGGGUUUGCGGCUUCCAUGAAGGAGAGAGUGCAGAAUUUUAUGGGGGCAGCGACUGGAAAGGUAAGCAAUGUGUCAAAGUACUUUACUAACCGCUUGUUUGGGUCAUCAGAAGCGGAGAACACGUCGUCCGGUGCUAAUGGAAACACGAGAGCAAACUUCAUGUUUGGGUCAAAGUACUUUAACAACUUGUUUGGGUCAUCAGAAGCAGAGAAUAUGUCGUCUGGUGCUAAGGGAAACACGAGAGCAAACGUCAUGUUUGGGUCAAAGUACUUUAACAACUUGUUUGGGUCAUCAGAAGCAGAGAAUACGUCGUCUGGUGCAAAUGGAAACACGGGAACAAAGUUCAAGUUUGGGUCAAAAUACUUCAACAACUUGUUUGGGUCAUCAGAAGUGCAGAUAAUUCUGAGUUUGGUAAUGCUGGUGAUUAUGGUGGUCCUGUUCAAGCGGGUGUAAACUCUUACUAUCGCCGACCCUUCUAAUAAACUCUGAUAUGUUUCUUUCUUGCCUGUUUUUCCUUUUGCGCUAGUGCUUUUACAAGUUUUAUAUUCACAAAUAAUCUGUAAAUGUAUUUAUUUCUCCUGAGAAAAACAGAAGGGCAUUUACAGAGCAGCACAAGUUGUUGAAUGUGAAACUUGUAACUUAUGUCGAGGAGUGAGUUU